UCUCUUCAAAAGUAUUACUCACUGUAUGUAACCUCUUCAAAGAUUCAUCUCUAAUUCUUGUAGAAUAAGUAGUUCUUUCAAAAAUCAGCACAUUUACCGGUCCAACAAAAGUAAUUCUUGUUAAAAUCCUCAGGUGCCAACUCAGAUGGAUUAGGAAUUCAUAUUCGAAGUAUGAAAUUAUCGCCAUCUCCAAAAUUUCGCCUACAUAAGCCUAAAAGAAAGAGAAAGAAUGAUGAUUUAAGACACAAGAGCAUGAUAAAACUCGAACCGGACUCGAUGUUUUUAUAGGACCCAGCAGUAUCAAAAUUACAAGACGAAAGAAAAGUUCUUCGUUUCAGAUACAUAAUUCCCAUGACCCAACUCACUAUCCAUUCAAGAGUAGCAUUAAUUUAGUUAUUGAUAGAGAGAUGAUCAAGAAUAGAGAAUCAACAUCGAGAACACCUCACCCUAAUGCUACAAGGCCGAGCUAUUUUAAUAAAAGAAAACUGACUCCAAAUCAUAUUUCAAAGUAAUUUUGGUGAUUUGUUUUUCUUAGGUUCCGAAGCAAUAGCAAUCGUGUCGAGAAAAGUAGCAAACCAGUGAUCGAGUCUGAAAAGAGCGAGCAAAGGAAAAACUUGACUACAAAAAUUCAAGAAGCGUUAUUUAGUACAUUUAGUUUUGAUUAUAAAUUUUCUUAACUUCUUUAGAAAUCAACAAAUUUAUGAAGAAAUAUGCAGCACUAUAUUCAAAAUCUUCCCCUAAAAGUAAGUUUAUAUUUAUUUAAAAAACUGAUCUUUAUAAUUUAGGAUUUGCAAGGAAUGAUUGAAAAGCAUCAUUCUAUCAACUGUAAGCACUCAAAUUUAUGUAUCUUAAUUCUAUAAUCCUCUGAAAUUAAUCUCUGUUAUUAGAAGAGAUUCUUCUCCAUCUGUAAUAAACGCAGUUGCUUAUGAUCGGAGUGAGAGGCUUAACAUAUCAACUCUUAUUGAGACCUACAACAGCUCUAAAACAGGGAAUGGAUGUAAAACUAAGAAGGGAAGCUUGUUUAAGUCCAUACUUAAAUCUAAGAAAGUUCUUUUAUCAAAUCAGAGAUCUAUUGUUGCUAAAUUUGCUCCCAGCACUCCAAUCAAGAACAGCAGAGUUGUGGGAUCAAAGAUAUCUAUUUUACAAAAGAAAUAGGUUUUACCCUUAACUUUUCAGAGGAUAUUAACUCUACAUGUU